AUGGAGGAAGAUUUUAAGGCUGUGUGGUAUAAAAGAUCCAUUGAAAUUGAUGAACAAGUAAUGUGGUUGGAAAAAUGGACACCGGAGUUCAAACCCGAUGAGGACUCUCCGAUAGUCCUUGUUUGGGUAUUGUUACCUGGUUUGCCUUUCCAUUUGCACACCUGGAAUUAUGUUAAACAAGUAGUAGCCCCAAUAGGAACUCCACUCACCAUGGAUGCUGCAACAGAAAAUCGAACCAGACCAAGCAUGGCCAAAGUGAGAGUGGAGGUAAACUUAACCAAGACCAAGUUAAAUUCUAUUUUUGUUGGAACGGAGGAUGAAAAUUGCCCUCGAAAAGGUUUCUACCAAAAGAUCGAAUAUGAGAAUGUACCAAAAUUUUGUACUCAUUGCAAAAUUUUAGGACAUUCUAUAUUGCAGUGUAGCAGGGUUGAAAAAAAGAAAGUUGAGGAGCUGGUUAACAAAGAAAAUAGGAAGAUAAUGCAGAACAAUAAGGUACAGGUUGAGGAAAGUGUUGAUGAUGAUAAUGUUGUAGAAAAUAAUCAGCAGGAAAUGCAAAAUGCAACGGAGAAGCAAGGGCUAGAUAAGCCGCAAGAAACCACAGAUACGAGAAUGGAACAGUCUAUUGUUGAGGCCAACAAGCCAAAGAAUUAUACCGAGGCCAAGAAUGGGUCUGUGUUGAAAGAAAAGCUGGAUAGGAUCAAGAGGAAGAGGAAAAAAAAAGCCUCCAAAGAAGAGGAACAAGAUUAA